AUGGAUGCGGCCUCUGGAAGCAGUGAGUUCCUGAACAUAGUGUGGGUCCAGUGUGAGAAUGAGAGCUGCUUGAAAUGGAGGCUGCUGUCCCCUGAGGCUGCGGCCAGCAUGGACCGCAGUGAGCCCUGGUACUGCUUCAUGAAUGCUGACUCCAGCCACAACAGCUGUUCCGUUUCUGAGGAGGACUUUCCUAAAGAGUCUCAGUUCCUUGAAAGAGGGUAUAAGAUUGUCUAUUCACAGCUUCCUCUUGGAAGCCUGGUUUUGGUAAAAUUACAGAAUUGGCCAAGUUGGCCAGGAAUACUUUGCCCUGAUCCUUUCAAAGGGAAAUAUGUGACCUAUGACCAGGAUGGAAAUGUGGAAAAGUAUUACAUAGAGUUUCUGGGUGAGCCACAUUCCAGAGCAUGGAUGAGUGCAGCAUUUGUUGGACACUUUAGUCUCACAUUAAAGACAGCAGAAUGUACAAGUAAAAGGAGGUGGUAUGGAAGUGCCCUUGAGGAGGCGCACCGGCUCUACGGGUGUUCUCCUGAGCAAAGACUGGAAGUGUGCUGCCUGCCGAAGCGGGACAGAGCCAAAGCAGGAGCCAAAGCUGCCGUGGUGGCCAAGAAAAGGAUGCAAUCUUCCAAAAAUAAUACUGAAAAGAAAAAGCCCAAGGUUAGAAAGAGAAAAAGGGAUGCUGCUUUAAAAUGCUUUGUUGAAAAUGUUUGUUCCGAUGAAGCCUUAUCAAAGGAAAACAUGGUUGUCUCUGAGACAGAAGAUUUACUGAAAGAACUGGAGAAAAUGCUGCAGCAAGUACGAGAACCCACAGCAAGAGCCGAGGACCCAGAGGGGGAACAGUUGUCUCAGUGCAGCCCGGAAGCAUUUCAGAGCUACCACGAAGAGGACUAUAUUGUGCCUGAUGGUACAGGACUAAAAGUUGGAGAAUGUAUUAAGGACAUAACUAACAAUAUAAGAAAGAUAGAUGCUCUAAUAUCUGAAUUUUAGGGUAUUACUCAAGUAUUUCCAAAGUUUAAUUAUAAAAACGCUAACAGUCUUUAUAUUUUCCUGUCAAACACUUAAAAAUGUUUAGUGAAAUAGGCAUACAAAAUUAAUAUUUGUUAUAAAUGUAUAUUUUGUGAAUGUCCAUGGCUUUGGGAACCUAUCAAGUGACUUUUAAGUUAGGGCGUUAGAAUCUUAGGGUUUAAAAGUCCCUGAAGUUUGUAUUUGUGUACUUUUUUGUUUGUUUUGACCUUAGAAUUCUUUAUGAAACUUACUUCAUAAGCAGGCGCUGCACAAUGAGUAUUUAGGCCCUUUAUCAAAUGCUGCCUGUUCUGUUACGGGUCUCAGAGAGAAUUCAAAUGUAACACGUGUAGAAAGUGGUUUUUGUAGUUGGCUGGAACUAUUUUAAGCCAUACGGAAAUAUUAAAAAUACAGUCAUAUAAUAAAGUUUGAAAGUUCU